AUGUACUUCCUUACCACACUACUUCUCUUUCCCCAUCUUAACCCACCAAACUACCCCAGCCCAAGUGGCAAAGAUAUCUCCAUUACCAACAACAAUGCAACGCUUCACUACACAAAGUACGGCCGCGGACCCCUCCUCAUCUUUCUCCAUGGCUUUCCCGAUCGCGCCGACACCUGGUCUACCUUCCAAGUCCCAUUCUUUGCCCGUACCCACACGGUUCUAACCCCUUACCUCCGCGGCUACCCCCCGUCCUCGAUUCCCCCCGACGUGUCAGCCUACACCUCCACCAACUUCGUGUCCGACCUCCUCGCUAUCAUCGACCACGAGAAAGCCGAGAAAGCAACCAUCGUCGGCCACGACGUCGGCGGCGCGGUCGUACAGUACUUCGCGCUCGCGCACCCAGAGCGUGUGGAAGCGCUGGUGCUCGUGAACACCGUCGUGCUGCCCAAUUUUGUGCGUCUGAUCGAAUUCGAUCCUGACCAAGAGUUUCGCGCGAAGUACACCAUCGCGCUCGAGGCGUACCACGCCGGGGACCCCGUGCCGCAGCAGGUGUUCGAUAUACUCGCGGAUAUCCGGAACGAGACGUACCGCGCUGAGAAUACUAAGUAUAUAGAGGAUAAUCCGAUUGACGGGAUGUUGCAUUUCUAUAACGAUAAUUACCCGGAACCGCCGUAUGGGAAGAAUAUCAGCACGAAGGGGAUGGUGGAGAAGGUGUCGACGUUGAUUGUGUGGGGAACUGAUGAUCAGUAUUUCAGUCCGAAGAAUUAUGAUGAGAUGGCAGGGUGGUUUGAGAAGGGGGUGAGGUUGGUGACUGUGCCUGGGGCGAGUCACUGGAGUUUCAGGGACCAGCCGGAGAAGUUUAAUGUGGAGGUUGACGGAUUUUUAAGGACGGUGGCGGAAUUGAGAGGAUAG